UAAAUAUUAUUAUGUUUGGUAUCUCUAAAGUCCCAUCUUUCUUUAACAUUACUUUACUUAACAAAAAUGUUGGCUUUAGUGUAUACUCCGUAUUGGCAAGACCUUCAAGCGCUUAUUAUAAAAAUGAUUUAUCCCAAGUCUAUAGGGGGCGUUAUCAAGCCAUUUAUAAAAAGAAAAAAGUUUGCCCGAUAUGUCCUAAUAACAUAAUCAUAGAUUACAAGGAUGGAAGAUUACUUUCACAAUUUUUAUCCGACGCUUCUGGAAGGAUCCUGCCUAGUUCAGUGACAGGCACUUGCAGGGCGAGCCAGAGAAAAUUAGCUAAAGCGAUCAGGAAAGCCAGAGCUGUCGGAUUGUUAGCUUUUACGUAUAAACUUCCGCAAUACUUCCAUGAAAAGUAAAAUGAAAAAUUAGUUUCCGCG